UUGGUAACCUAUUUUUAACCUAAACGAAAAAACGAUUUUGAGCGACAGACUGGAAUACUCAGGUGGCCGAUAGAGUGUGAUGUUAUUGGUUUAAAUAACUGACCAUCCAUAGAGAUGUGUUUAUGUGGUUAUUCUUUUCUCUCUCUCUCCCAAUUUCUGUCGUUUAAAAUAUCUUUAAUAAAAUUCUGACUGAUGUUCUCUGAUUUAAAUUUAAGUUGAACUAAUAACAGUAAAGUAUAACAGAAUUGAAAAAUAAAUGGAAGAGAAAAGAAAACAAAUUCUACUUCUGUUAAAAGACGGCGAAUAUACAAUAAUAACAGAAUCACCGUCGGGAGCCGAAGGCAAAUUUUGGUCUAUUUUGAGAAGAAUAAAAGAUUCAAAUGAGUCAUUUCUCCCAUUCGUUCAAUGUUCAAUAUGCAAUCAAUUGUUAACCUAUAAACCUCAAAACGGGAUCACAACUAUUAGUGGGCAUGUUGCGAACGGUUUGAAAAGUUCAGCAGUUAAAACAACAACAAAUUCAAUUGAUAAAUAUAUGAAGAAAGAUUUGAAAGUUACUCCAGAUGAAAAACGUUCGAUUACAAUAGCGUGUGCAAAAUAUUGUGCAUUUGAUAUGCGAUUAUUUAAUAGUGUGGAAGGUAAAUCUUUGUCGUUUCAGUUAUUAUGUAAAUCAUUAGUCGAUCUUGGUUAUCGUUAUGGUACUGCCAAAAUUGGCAUUCCAACACAGACAAGGCACAAGCGUGCAUAG